AUGCUGACUACACUUCAGGCAUUGCUAAAUGGUACAAAGAAGAAGUUGGUUAAGGAAGAGGUAAACCUGACCGAGAAAGAUGACAUGACAGUGUCUCCAACAUUGGCACCAAACCUAAAGGAUCCAUGUAAGUGUACCAUCACUUGUACCAUUGGUGGAGUAAAGAUCCCACUCGCUUUAUGUGAUUUAGGGUCUAGUAUCAAUGUCAUUCCAUUGAAUAAGUUUAAAGAAUUGAAACUGGGAGAGAUCAUACCGAGUUAUAUGACUCUCACUUUAGUUGAUUCAUCUGUUACUCAUCCGCUUGAUAUUGUACAAGACGUGUUAGUGCAUGUCGAUGGUUUAGUCUUUCCUAUAUAUUUUAUGGUGAUUGACAUGAGAGGUGAUUCAAGCGGGUCAGUUAUUCUCGGACGCCCAUUCUUGGCAAUCAGGAAAGCUUUAAUAGAUGUGAAAACAAGUGAACUUGUCUUGAAGUUCAACAAGGAAAAAGUGGUGUUUAAUUUGUAUGAAUGGACACCAUAUGUGGAUGAUCUAGAGACAUGCUACCAACUGGAAGAAAAAGGUAGUAAGUUUGACAAAGGAAUAAAAACAAGUGAAUUGACAUGCCUUAGGCAUUGGGCGUUAAGCUAA